GCAUGCACACUAGAUCAUAGUGCUCCGGUAGCUCCGAUAGCCCGGAUAGAUAGCGAAAUGUACCCGUUUCACAGCUGAAAUCUGCGGAAGUGCCUAUGACGACGGCAUUUUCCUGACAGCUGGUGCGGCAGCGUAGUUUUGUAAAAUGAAACUCCGUCCCGUUCGGUGACGAACGACAGCUGCGCAUCCUUUGAAACAGAAUGCCAUGACCAGCCGACGGACACUCGAACUAGUCUUAUGCGUCAGCCUACUUUGUACGCUGCUCAUCGCCUUUACAGCCUUCGUACAAUCUCCAACGCCGUGUCCAAACAGCAGCCCGAACGAAGCUGACCACCAGAGAAGUUUCGGUCCUCACCGACUUUCUGUGAUCGUCCCAUUCCGAGACCGCUUCGACGAACUACUUUUAUUCGCCCCCCACAUCCACAAAUUCCUCACGGAACAAGGCGUCAGACACCAAAUUCACGUCAUAAACCAGGUGGACCGUUUCCGAUUCAACAGAGGUUCACUCAUCAACGUUGGAUUCCUCCUAAGUCAAUCGAACAGCGACUACAUUGUGAUGCACGAUGUGGAUCUGCUACCCCUUAAUCCGGAUUUAAAGUACGAAUACCCGAAAGACGGAAACAGCCCGGUGCAUCUCGCAGCCCCAGACUUGCACCCCCGGUAUCACUACCCGACAUUUGUGGGGGGAAUUCUGCUAAUGACGAACGAACAAUUUCGAAGUUUGAACGGUUUGUCGAACAAAUAUUGGGGUUGGGGCCUCGAAGACGAUGAGUUCUAUGCUCGGAUGAGGGAUGCUGGGAUGAAUGUGACGCGUCCGCGGGGAUUAAGGACGGGGACAAAGGACACAUUCCGUCACGUCCAUGAUAGGACACACAGGCCGCGUGACACAGCCAGACUUCACAAUCAGCGGGCCGAGACACGAAAAAGGGACAGGGUUACAGGACUUCGGGAUGUCAGCUACAGCGUGGUUGCAAAGCAUCAGUUAACUAUUGACGGGGCUCCGAUUGAGGUGUAUGAUGUCACAUUGCACUGCAACCUCACGGCGACACCCUGGUGUCAAAAAAAGCAAUGAAACCCUCGUUUAGGUAGGAGGUUAUUGGGUGUGCCAUAGGAAAACGGGGUUAAUGGUGCUAUUUCAUUUUUUCAGUUUCGAAGUGUUGCAGUGUGUGUGUGUGUGUGUGUGACAUGUAAGCCUAGUGAAUUUCCGUGACACUUGAUGCCUGUGAUGUAAAGGGUUGUGUGCUCAAAACUAUUUUUUCUGUGCCUAGGAUAUACUUGAUUAUAAUCUGCCACUCUUAUGUAGCAUUGUCUGCAUGAUCUACUAGGAACACUACACAUUGGCCUACAGCACUUUAUUAGAAUGUAGAUUUAUUCUACUUGCCAAAGAAUAUCCCCAAAUCCCAAACAGUCCAGUUUACACUUUUUCCUCUACUUCUCUUCCCUGCCCAUGACCAUAGGGCUGCCUACGACCCCGACACACUUGCUUUGUAAUUGCACAAUUGCAGUUUGAAUUUUGAGGGGCAGAAGCAUGGCCGCGCUAUAGCAGACGACAGCAUGCUGUAUGUCAUAGAGCAUAUUUCAGAGCAUGUCUAAUGGAGAUGAUUGUCAUUCAUAACUUUUGUGGGAGCACACAUCCUGUGGGACAAGCAUUGCUUGUAUGGAAAUCCUAAUGCAAGCUUGAACGUAAGAUAUUGUGACAACUGAAGAAUCAAGAUGGAGGCUGGUGACCAGCAGUGUCAGUGACAUCAAAGCUACAGCACUGAGGCGAAGAACAUGAUUUCUAGUAUUAGGUUGUGCUUUUACCAGUCAUUCAAAGCCUUCCUUUUCUCUACUCCAUGUUGUGAUGUAGCUAUCAUCAUAAGUUAGACAAAACCUAUAGAGGUAUUUUUGACAGUCUUCAGCAUUUACUCAAUGACCAGAACUACGAUGAACUGAAUACAAUUUUUACUAGCUCAUACUGAAGCCUUGCAAUGACAUUGACGCUUUCACCCAUUUUGAUACUGUUAAUAUUCUAAAGUUAUUGACAUCUUUAUCAGUAUAGACAGAUCAGUGCGAGUGCAGAUUAUACUAAGCAAUUUAAUGGACUGUGUGAAAAACACAAUGUAUUUGUAUGUGUGAAAUUUUAUGCAGAUUCACUCCUUCCUAGCAUUUUUGCAACUUGUGGGGUGUUUAUUAACCUUAUUCUCGUAAUUGAUAUUAAGUGCUGAACUAUUCUUUUUUUCUCAACACAAACUCGUGCAAUUUUUGCUUUUUCGCAGUUUACAUACCUUUGCCUGUAAAGAAUUAUACUGACAGUGAUGAUGAUGCGCAAAUAUUUUCAACAUAGUACUCUGAUCCAGUAAAUACGAUCACUCGUAGUGAUUGUGCCAGUACAUUUGAACCUAAUAUUUUUGUCGACAAAUACAAAUGAUUUUUUAUCCAUCGUAUUAUUGCAACUUUCAAACAAGUCUGUCCUCAUCCAUUGAGGAAAACAUCUCUGAAUAUACGUGUGCAUUCAUAGUCAAUAAAUGCUUUUUUGUGCCAUUCUAA